GCUCGUGUACUGAUUUCUUCCUUUUGCCACCUUACCUCGUUAGCUCGCGUUGGGUUGCGAAACUACAGAUCGAAUUCUUGUGAACGAACACUGUGUUUUUCGUAUUUAAUCAGAAGGACUAUGGCUUAUUCAACCCACGAAAGCGGAGCUCCAAAUUCCUUGGAAUACAGAAUGUAUUUUCAGGACAAAAGUGGCCAAGCAAUAUCUCCCUUCCAUGACAUUCCGCUAUUUGCAGAUAAAGAUAAUGCAAUCUAUAACAUGGUAGUUGAAGUUCCAAGAUGGACAAAUGCCAAAAUGGAGAUUUCAACAAAGGAAGCUCUGAAUCCUAUCAAACAAGAUUGCAAAAAGGGGAAACUCAGAUUUGUUCAUAACUGCUUCCCAUAUCAUGGUUACAUAUGGAACUAUGGAGCACUCCCUCAGACAUGGGAGGAUCCAAAGCACAAAGAUCCCAACACAGAAUGCAUGGGGGAUAAUGACCCAAUAGAUGCCUGUGAAAUUGGUACCAUGAUUGCCAAGCAAGGAGAUGUCAAGCAAGUAAAAGUUUUGGGGACUGUUGCAUUGAUUGACGAGGGUGAGACCGAUUGGAAAAUACUCUGCAUUGAUGUGAAUGAUCCUCUUCCAAAAGACAUGAAUGAUGUUGAUGACAUUAAAAAACACAUGCCAGGACUUCUUGAGGCCACAGUUGAGUGGUUCAAGAUCUAUAAAAUUCCGGCUGGUAGUGGUGAAAACCAGUUUGCUUUCAACGGGGAAGCAAAGAACAAGGAAUUUGCUACGAAGAUCAUCAGUGAAACGCACGAAUGUUGGAGAAAGCUGGUUCUCAAAGAGGUGGAAAAUGAUGAAGGCCUUGCUUGCAAAAAUGUCACAGUUGAUAAAUCGCCGUACAAGAUGUCUGCAGGGGAAGCAGCUGGUAUUCUUAAUCACGCGGCUAAACCUGUUGAACCAAAACCCAUCGACCCAGCCCAAGAAGUUGACAGAUGGCACUACGUGUCUGCCAAGAAACCAAAAUUGUGAAGGAAAUCUGUGCUGGUAUAGCGUUUUCCUAGUUCCCGUGCUGUGGGACCUAUUCCUCUUUCAUGGGAGACGUCGUGUUGGCAAAGCAAUGUGUAAUGAGAAUUUAAUUUGGUGCAAGAAAUAAAAGAGCUUUGAAAAACGAA